CCUGGCACUGAGGAUACACGACGAGAUCCCAGGUAAGCGCCUAGGGUCCAUCCAUCUUGAACAACACUGCAGGAAGGAGCGACAUGUAGCGCAAGACAAGGUGAGACGGACGGAAUGUGACUGAAUAACUGCAUCAUCAGCACAAACUAACAAGCAGAACAAGCGUCGCUGACUCUGAUCAGCUCUCAGCUUCAUUACUACAGCCAGACGAAGGAGAAAAAGGUGAGAUGAGCUGCUUUUCUGCCAUUUACAGGCUUUAAAGUCUUUUCAGCGCUGUUACCAUGGUAAUGCAGGGCAGUGGAAAAAAAAAACACCUGAAGUCCUGAGCGUCACAUUAAGGUCACAUGACCACGAUAUUGAAUACAUAUCCGAUCUAAGAUCACAUAUGAAAGUGGCUCAGGUUGGAUUUGAAAAGAUCAGAUUUGUGUCCACACAGCUCUGAAAACACCAGAUCUGAGUCACAUGAGGGCAGAAAAUCAGAUUUGUGCCACCUCCACCUGGUAAUGUGAACAUUGCUUUACUCACUUCCACACAAGGCCUUCAAUAGUACUUCAUAAUUCCCAGCCCUUCUACACUCUGCUCUGGUGAAUCUAAUAUAAACAUACACAUUAUAGAUUAAAGCAUAACUGACACACAUGAAAUAAAGCAAAUCUAAAAGCCGACUGGACCCUCAGGUGGUUUAUUAGACACAGUACAUGAGUAUUAAUUUUGGCAUUUUGUUUGUCAAUUGUUUCUUUGUAAUUCACUCAGUCACUCAAAUGCACUAAUGACUCUGCCUAGUAACCUGUGAUGCAGUGCUGUAGCUGAUUCUGAUCGGUCAGUGAAGAGUUUAUAUGAUCUGAAACUCACUCUCUGAAACUCUCAGUUGUUGAAUGUCGAGGCACAAUGAUCCUGACUCUGCAGCUGCUGCUGGCACUGAGUCUGACUGUAAGAACUGCAGAUGGAUAUGAUCACUACAGGAUAACCGACUGUUUCACCACUUCAUCAGAUCUGACAGAUGUGGAAUACAUAGAUACCUAUUAUUUUAAUAAGGACCCAUAUAUACAGUUUAACAGCACGGUGGGGAAGUGGGUAGGGUUCACCGAGCAUGGAGUGAAGUGUGCAGAGCACUGGAAUGAUGAUCUUGAUCUGCAGCAGAUCAGAGCUGAGGUGGACAGAUACUGCAAAUUCAACCUGAACAUUAAUUUCUGUGAUGUUUUGGAGAAGACAGUGAAGCCGAGGGUCAAACUUGUGGCAGAAAAGCAGGCCAGUGGUGGUCAUCCAGCCAUGCUGAUGUGCAGCGCGUACGACUUCUACCCCCCAGCCAUCGAUGUGUACUGGCUUAAAGACGGUCAAAAGGUGACCGGUGAUGUGACAUCCAUUGAGGAGAUGGCUGAUGGAGACUGGUACUACCAGAUUCACUCCCACCUGGAGUACAUGCCCACAUCUGGAGAGAAGAUCUCCUGUGUGGUGGAUCACAUCAGCUCCAAGGAGCCCAUCAUUUACGACUGGGAUGGCUUUCUUCCUGCAUCAGAGAAGAACAAGUUUGCUAUUGGAACUUCAGGGCUGGUGUUGGGGAUCAUCCUGACAGCUGCUGGAUUCCUCUACUACAAGAAGAAAUCCUCAGGCCGGAACCUGGUGCCCAGUUAAGCUCUGCAGUUCUGGUCUUUAUGAUAUUGAGGACUCGGUGAUAUUAAGGACCUUUAAUCUUGGGUGCAAAAGCAGAGGCGUUUGAGACAUUUUAUCAUGUGCGUCCUGUUCAUAGAAAUUAUUUAAACAGCUAUUUGUUUCGUAAACUGUUUACUAAAAACACAAGCUUGAUUAUUUUCUUCUUAUGAGUUUUUAUGUAUUAUUAAUGAUGAGAGGAACUAUUAGAAAUUAUUCUUUACUGCACAAAUUUCUGUGAGUUAAUGAACAGUUUUAGAGACAAACUGAUUGUCACAUUGAUUUACUACAGCAGGGGUGGCCAAUAUAUAUGUAUAUAUAUAUAUUAUGCUACACGCUUGUAGCAUAAGUUGCCAUAUUUUCCACGCUGGAAGAAGCCAAAGUCUGUUGCCACGGUGAUGCUACACCCCUGCCCCUACCCCUGAGAGGAGAACCUUGCAGCAGAACCACGCGCUGAGCCAGGCUACUAGCUAUCCAACCGCUGAAACAUGGCAGCGUCAGAGAAAAGUAAAGCCAAACGAAAAUAUGAGGAUGAACACAGAACCUUCUUACCAGAGUGGGAGGAUUUGUAUUUUUUUAUUGAGCGGAAACGGAAGCCGUUCUGUUUGAUAUGCCAAACUUCGUUAUCCAAUUUGAAAGCUUCCAAUCUUCAGCACCACUUUACCUCACUGCACGCCAACGUGGUGGACAAGCUGCACCACUUGGACAGACAGAACCUUGAUCUCCAGGGGAAAUUAAAGAUGCUCCCUGAUCUAGUGCAGUCAGUAUUUUCAUUUGUUAACAAACUCAAGCUGUUUAAAACUCAUCUUAAAAAGGGAGAACUAACACAUUUCCAGUCUGUGUCAAAUGCAAGUGCCCAAGCAUGUAGAUUUGACAACAGGCAGUGCCAGUUAUCUUCACUUAUACCAUCUAUCAGCAUUUGCUAUUAUACUCAGGAAUUCAGAUGCAGAAGGGUCUGCACAUAAAGCUUGUGCAGAAACAUUAGACAUUGAAAUCACAGUAAUAGCGGUGAUGUAAGGCGUGACAAACAAGGCAACCAUCACCUCCUAAGGUGUGAUUUUGUGCCCACAAGAUGGCUUGAGCGAAAACCAUGUUAUGGUCACAAACAUCCUCCAUGAUGCUUGCAAGGCCUAUCGUCAGAAUAUUAAUGACAACUACACCUUACACUCUUCUUUCAUCCCUUUCUUUCUUAUAAAAGUCUUUUAUUAUGCAGCUUGUGUUAGUGGCAGCCGUCUUCACUUCCUGAAUAUAAGGAGACAAUGCAGAUGUUUCCAAACAGCUCCAGGGCAGCGUCAGGGAAUCUAGCUAGAUGUCAGUUCGUUGGCCACCAUUCAGGAACCCGUCUGAUCUCCUGUUCCUUCGGCACUGUAUCUGUUCUGCUCUGGCAUGUCCUAAAACAAAACACAUAGACACAGCAGCAGCAUCUCAUUCUUCUCACACAAACCAUGUUGUAUGUCCAAGUUUGGUUUAGCCUUAGGGACCAUUUUUUAUCUGGAGGAACGGGCACUUUCUUUUGAUAGUAUUUGUCCAAACUAUCCAUCCAUCCAUUUUCUAAGCCUCUUCAACGUC